CCGAGUGGCAGAUGCAGCGGGAGAGACCAACCUGGCUGCUCCGGGGGGAGAAACCAAGCAAAACUCCGUGCCUAUAAUCCCCUGACAAGCCAUGGAAGCGAUAAGGAAGGAGCUCUCCCGCUCUUACCAAGAGCUUAACGAGGAGGCGGAGCCCGUUGCAAUAGACCCAGAGGAGGCGGAGGAUGAGGAAAAGGAGCAGGAAGAAGCCGCGUCUGCUGUAGCCCCUGACAGGGAUUCGGAUAGGAGCAGCCCUCCCGUGCGUUUCAGCAGAACCUGCCUGAAGAAUUUCUUCUCCGUUUUGCUCAUUCUCGUGUAUCUGCUCCUGAUGGGCGUCGCCGUUUUCCUUGUGUAUCAGACCAUCACCGACUUCAGGGACAAACUAAAACAUCCGGUCAUGUCUGUGUCGUAUAAAGAGGUGAACAUGUACGAUGCUCCCGGUAUUGCCUUGUACCCUGGGAAAGCCCGGCUUCUGAGCUGCGAGCAUCACUGGUAUGACCACAUCCCACCUCUGAAAGACCCAGGGCAGCCGGGAGAGAACACUUGUGUCACUCAGGAUAUCAGCUACAUUGAUCCUUACACCAACAAAACCAUGAAACACGCGCUGAUUGUCCAAGGCCCGCGGGACGUGAGGAGGAGGGAACUGGUUUUCUUACAGUUCCACUUAAACGAGACAAAGCAAGAUUUCAGCGCCAUCGAUUACCUUCUGUUCUCCUCCUACGAGGCCUUUCUCAAGAGUCAUGACCAGGUGAAGUUCAUGCAGGACUGUGAGAGCUCGUUUUCCAGCUGGAAAUUCUCUGGAGGAUUUCGCACAUGGGUUAAAAUGUCGUUGGUCAAAACAAAAGAAGAGGAUGGAAGCCAGUCAGUGGAAUUCAGACAAGAAACAAGCGUGGUCAAUUUCAUCGAUCGGAGAGAGACUCCAGAUAAGGGGGACCAACUGUUCUUCGUCGUCUUUGAAUGGAAGGAUCCGUAUAUUCAAGAAAUUCAAGAUAUCAUCACGGCCAAUCCGUGGAGCAUGAUUGCUCUGCUCUGCAGCGUCUUCCUGGUUCUGUUUAAAGCAGCCGAUUUUGCCAAACUCAGUGUUAAGUGGAUGAUUAAAGUCCGGAGGCGACACCUGAAGAAGAGAGCGCGGGAGCUGAACCACAUAAGCUGAAGCCACGGCCGUAACGGUGACGUUGCCCAAGACCUUAAAGGGAUACAGGGAUGUACCAGCAGGACGCUUCCUAAAGCCACGCCUCUUAAAGGGAAAGGACGCAGGAGUAGUGACAAUUUAACAGACUCCCACCGUCUAAGGAUUAGUUACAAUCCAGCACAACAAUGAAGCCAGUCUCUAAAUCUUAGCACGAGAGUUGGGCCCAUAGCAUUUCAGUUUAGUUAGAUUUAUUAUAAAUAAAAAACCCUGGGAGAAAACUGGAUGAACCUAAGGUGACAUUGCACAAGGGGUGAGUACGCCAUGGCACCAAUACUCCCCAAUCAGUAAGGGGAAAGCUGUAUGAAGGCAGCGGUAGAACCAUCAAGCACUGGUGCUACGGCUCAUUCCUACGGGACCACUCCAACGAGAUUUCCAAUUCAGCCAUUUAAGUAAAAUGGAAAAGAAUUACCCAUCACCACUUUGUGCCUCAUUAAUUAGCUAAAUAAACAAUUUAACAAUUUUUUUUA